AUGUUCCCAAAUAUAGAUGGUCAAUAUAAGGGAAUUCUUUUAUUACUUCUGCAUUUUGGAUGGACAUGGAUUGGCAUCUUGUUUGCAAAAGAUGACAGCGGUGAGAAGUUCGUACAAAAUGUGGUUCCCAUGAUAGCCAAGAAGGGCAUCUGCUCAGCCUUCCUUGAAAUAUUUCCAGUCAUUGAUUAUUCCAAUAGCAUUGCUGAGCUGGUAGAAGUGGGACUUCAAAUGUACAUGGUGGUUAUGAAAAGCAGAGCUAACGUAAUAUUAGUUCAUGGUGAAAUUUACGGAAUUAUAGUUCUGAGACUUCUUUCCACUAAUUUGAAAAUUGAAGAUGCACCAUUAUGGAGAAAGGCUAAAAUCUGGGUCAUGACCGCUGAGAUGGAUUUCACGUCACUUCCCUUUCUGAGGAAGAGUGACCUAGUCUUCCUCCAUGGUGCUCUGUCUUUUGCAAUUCACACAGAGAAGGUGUUAGGGUUCCAGCAAUUUGUUCAGAUGAGGGACCCUACCUCGGAAAAAGGAGAUACUUUUAUCAAGCUCUUCUGGGAAAGUGCCUUUGAAUGUUCCUUCCCCAUCUCUGGAAUGGAGGAGGAAAAUGCAGUUCCCUGCACUGGAAAGGAGAAACUAGAAGCUCUUCCUACAUCUGUGUUUGAAAUGGACAUGACUGGCCACAGCUACAGCAUCUACAAUGCCAUCCAUGUGGUGGCACAUGCUUUCCAAGACUUCCAUUCAUCCAUGAUGGGAUACAGAGCUAGAGGACAUGAAGUCAAAUGGAAACAUCUGGAUCAAAAGUCGUGGAAGCUAAACCAAUUUAUGAGAGGGGUCUCAUUCAACAAUAGUGCAGGGCAAAAGGUUUCUUUCAACCAAAAUGGAGAAUUGGAGACUGGAUUUGAUAUUAUGAAUUGGAUCACAUUCCCCAAUCUAUCAUUUCUGAGGGUCAGAGUUGGAGGAAUGGAAAUCAUGGAUUCUCAGGAAGCAUUGUUCACCAUUGAUGCGGCUGAUAUUGUAUGGCCAAGGAGAUUUAACCAGGUCCAACCUCUGUCUUUGUGUAAUAAUCAGUGCCAUUUGGGUUAUGCUAGGAGCAAGAUAGAAGACAAACCCUUUUGCUGCUAUAAUUGUCUACAAUGUCCACAUGGGAAGAUUUCCAACCAAGAUGACAUGGAUGAUUGCUUUCAGUGUCCAGAAGAUCAUUAUGCAAAUGAGAACCACGAUUUGUGUCUUCCAAAGAUUGCAACAUUUUUGAUGUAUGAAGAAACUUUGGGGAUCAUUUUGGCCAGUUCUGCUCUUUUCUUUUGUUGGGUCACAAUUGGAAUCCUUUGGAUCUUUAUUAAGCAUCAGGACACUCCCAUAGUCAAAGCCAACAACCGGAAUAUCACCUAUGUUCUCCUUAUUGCUCUCCUCUUGUCUUUUCUUUGUUCAUUAUUAUUCCUCGGGAAACCUGACAAAGUGACAUGUCUCCUUCGUCAAACUGCCUUUGGGAUCAUCUUCUCUGUGGCCAUUUCUUGUGUCUUGGCCAAAACCAUCACUGUAGUUCUGGCUUUCAUGGCCACUAAGCCUGGGUCUAAGAUGACCAGAUGGGUGGGGAAAAGAUUGGCCAUGUCCAUUGUGUUGGGCUGCAGCUUAAUUCAAGGAAUUAUUUGCACUAUAUGGGUGACGACUUCCCCCCCAUUCCCAGAUGCUGACACAAAUUCAGGGGCAGAAGAAAUCUUUCUGCAGUGUAAUGAAGGCUCAGUCUUUAUGUUCUACUGUGUCUUGGGCUACAUGAGCUUCCUUGCCAUUAUUAGCUUUACAGUGGCUUUUCUAGCAAGAAAAUUGCCUGACGCUUUCAAUGAAGCCAAGUUUAUCACCUUUAGCAUGUUGGUCUUCUGCAGUGUGUGGUUGUCCUUUGUUCCAUCAUACCUGAGCACCAAGGGGAAAUAUAUGAUUGCUGUGGAGAUCUUCUCCAUUAUUGCUUCUAGUGUUGGGUUACUGACUUGUAUUUUUUCCCCUAAAUGCUAUAUCAUUGUUUUGAGGCCUUCCCUAAACAGCAAACAACAGCUAAGAAGACAAACCCAGAACAAUGCAUAA